CAUUUAUAUCGAGGAUCAACCUAAUUCAAGGACGACUGAGUUUAUAAUUCGAGCUCGGUUUGUGGAGGUGACUAAUUUGCUUGCGCAGAUAUUCCUUGCUCUGUCCUCUCGCCAGAAUUUACAAGACGGGUGCUUUUCUUCUGCCUUGGUGGGCUAUUGAAACAUUAGGAGAGAGCUGGAUAUAUAUAUAUGGGGCUCUCAAGUUUCCCUGGUGCAGCUGAAGGAGUGCUGCCUGUGCUGGUAAUGAACACAGUCUUAUCAGUUGCUCUGCUGAAGAGCAUGGUGAGGUCAGUGCUGCAAUUAGUGGUGGGUGCAAAUUGGACUCCGCCAGAUCAUGAGGAAGAACCAGACGAGUAUCGUCGAGAAAAUGCGAGAGAGAGAAGAAUAUCAAUAACCCAGUUCAAGUAUUUGAACCAGAAUGAUGGCGGUGCUAGGAAUAGUGCAAUGGAAUGCUGUGUGUGCCUUUGUGGCUUUGAAGCUGAAGAGGAGGUGAGCGAGCUUUCUUGCAAGCAUUUCUUCCACAGAGGUUGUUUAGACAAGUGGUUUGAUAACAUUCAUGCUACCUGCCCUCUUUGUCGAUCUAACCUUUAAUUAGAUUCAUAAAUUUUGUCUUGGGUCAUGAGUGUUGAGGAUUUUUUAGGAAUAUUAAUGGUACUGUUCACUUUUAUGUCUUUUUUUUUUUUUUUUUUUUGGCUGUCGUCGUCGUCGUCUUAGUUCACGAGUGUUGAGAAUUUUGGAGGAAUAUUAAUUGUGUUCACUUUAUUUUUAUUUUUUUUAAUAAAAACUGUAACUGUGUUUUUUGCAAAA